AUGCACCUCUAUCACUGUCUCUUCGUAUCACACCGUUGGCACGACCCAGCCGAGGCCCAGCUCUACAGUAUCGUGACACUCUACGCGCUUCAGAAAUCCUACAAGCCGCUCAUCACGGCCCUCAAAACCCGUCGACAUCUCCUCCGCAGUAUUCGGUGGUGUUUCGCAAGUGGUUGUGAGUUCCUCGAGUCGGACUUCCGAGCCAUCCUUUUCGACAAUCGUCCAGUGAGCAACACUCAUGACGAAGGCAGUCAGGAUCAGUGGCCCUGGAAGCAUGGAUUGCAGACUGGGCGGCCGGCGUUGAGGACGUUUUCGUUUGUGGGCGAUGGCCGAUCAGAUUGGUUGUUGGAACUGGUCAUGAGUAAUUUCACGACGGCGGCCUUGACGAUGACGACGUUGACGACGCUGACGCUGCGCUUUGCGUAUGAGAGUGAAGCCGAGGCGUAUAUUGUGGAUUUGGACAGGAUUUUGGCGACGUUUCCGUACCUCAAGGAUCUGUCGAUUGAUGGGUGGAUGCAUGAAUAUGCACCAGCAGCAUCGAAGGAUACGGUGACAGGAACGGAGUCUCAAUGUCGCCUAGAGUCGUUCACCUUUGACCCGCGACUGGUGUGUCGAGAGGGGCCAGAUGCGUUCUUGUUCUUCAAGCGGCUGGGAAACUUAAAGAUGAUCCGAGUCAACCCGACGUUGUUUACUUAUAAACACUUCCAAAAGUGUCGGCCAUGGGCGCUUGGUCGAGCAUUGAGGGAACACUGUCCAAGGCUCGAGUCGAUCUAUACAUCGGGUGCGGUCGCGCUGUGGUUAUUUGACCUGCCUGUCCUCUGGCCCAACAAGAUGUCGCACAUCAUUUCUUUGGCAGGACAAGUGGACACAUCUGUUCAGCAGUCUGACGGAACACCAGCCGAAGCUAUGCCUGCGGUGGUCACUGAGGAACAGUUGAGGCAAAGACUGCACGAGCAGGAGUACAAAGAGUUAUUGGAGGGCAAGGAGGCGGUACCGUUCUUCCCGCAGUUGAAGAAGUUGGUCAUUGGGGGUAACCAUUCCUUUUCGUUCCAGGAUCUGAUCUCGCUGGGCGUUCAAGCAUCGCUUCUUACACACUUGGAGAUCUGUUACCAGCCUCACCGCCGCAACCUCAUUUGGGGAAUGUACGAGAAGGACUCUCCAGCUGCCGGCCAUACGGUCACCGCCACCGGGAAUACAGCGAACGACACGCUGGUUGAGGCUAGACGGCUCCGGAAGCGACGACCUUUCACCAAGCGGCACCUGAUGCUGUUCAUGGAGCUGUGUUCCAGUCUUCAGUAUUUCGACUUGUCCGACGGCAGCAUUACAUUCGAGGACCUUAUCGACUACGACAACAGCAACAACAGCAACAACAAAAAGCAACAAAGAGCAGCAGCGACAGCUGGAAGGACACAACAGUUCAUUCGACCCUGGGCUUGCGAAGGCACCUUACAGACACUCAAACUCAGCCUGGACAUGUCUGAUGCUCAACUCCAGGAGCAACAUGCACUCGUCUGGAGGCACCUGGGACGGUGUUCGAGGUUGCGCUCUCUGACCUUUGAAGAAUCAUCCCUGAUCACGUCUUUCUCGUACGGAGUUGGGGGUCUGCUGGAGGGAGGGAUGGGAGAGACCUUGGAGGAGAUCCGCUGGUUGCCAGUUUGGUGGAAGGAGGCGGAUCGGCGUGAGAUGGUGUUGUGGUUUGCGAGAAGGUGUCCGAAGUUGAUGGUUCUUGGACUGGGGUAUUAUAAAGAUUCCGCUUUAUGUCAGUUUCUGGAGGAUGAAGAUGUUGAGCAGUGCUCGAUUCAUCGAGUGUUUUUAGAGGGAGCAACCAAAAGUAAUAAGCGAUCCUUAUCAUAA